CACUGCCAUCCGUAGUUUCCGACAACGGAUUUGGAAAAAGAUGGCAGCUUCCGCUGGUAGCAGCAAAGGAGCAGAGAUAUCUAAAGCCGAGUACUUAAAACGUUAUUUAUCCGUGGAUGAAGAUGCCAAGAAGUCGAAAGGGAAGGUUAAAAAGAAACGGAGUAAGGUGUCCGACAAGAGGAUAAAGAUAGUGGACGACGAUAUCGACUGGCAGCAGCUGGUCGCUAAAGAGGAGAGGGAUGUGGAGGAGGAGGAUGAGGAAGCUCCGGUGGUUGCGGAGGUGAUUGAUGAUCGACCAAUGGAGGUGAAACGCCUAGAGGCCUUCAGGACCAGCAACAAGUGGAGACUGAUGGGAGUUGAUGAAAAUAAUGGUGAAGAGGAGGCAGAAGACGGGGGGUAUCGGUCUCUAGAGGCUGUGGCGUCGAGUAGGUCUCGGCAUGAUUCGCCAGAGCCCGUGUCGCUCAGGGGGAGUAGACAUGAUUCGCCAGAGGCAGGGCCUGUCAGAAAGACUCGGCAUGACUCACCAGACACGUCACCUCCCAGGAGAAGUCGCCACGACUCUCCAGACUUGUCUCCUCAGAGACAACAUUCAGGGAAAUCACUGAAGGUGCAGAGCAGAGAUUCGUCCCCAGUAAGGAGAAAAAACUCAAGUCAAAAGCACUCACCUGAUCGGCAUCAGUCACUGUUGGCAGUGAGGGCUCAGAACAGACAUGACUCAGACUCGGACCAGUCACCUCCGAGGAAAAAGACACUAAAGGGACAUGCUUCAGACUCUGACCAGUCUCCGCCUCGGAGGUCAUUAAAAACAAGGCGAGGUUCUGAUUCUGAUCAAUCGCCACCCCGAAGGAGGCCGAGGAGUGGCCACGGCUCUGAUUCUGAUCAGUCACCACCCAGAAGAAGACCGAAGAGUGGCCACGGCUCUGAUUCUGACCAGUCACCACCCAGGAGGCGAGGUCGAGCAUCAGAUGACAAUCUGUCACCUCCUCACAGGCCUGGCCAAUCACAAGGCCAGAGGAUGCUUUCUGGAGACAGAGCAGGUCUGGUUUCCAUAGAUGUUCUGAGGAGAGAGCAGGAGGAAAGACGACGCAGAGAGAAAAACAACCAAAGACUAGAGGAUGAAUCCCGCAGUGCGCAGACUGUGUUCAGAGACAAGAGCGGCAAAAAGAGGGAUCUGGACUCGGAGAGAGAAGAGCUGAAGAAGAAGGCUGGAGAGAAAGCAGCAAAAGAUGAGAAAUAUGCUCAGUGGGGAAAAGGGCUGGCUCAGAGCCAGAUGCACCAGCAGAAACUUGCAGAUGCGCUGCAUGAAGUGCAGAAGCCACUGGCACGGCACUGUGAUGACGAGGAUCUCGAUCGCAUGUUGAGAGAGCAGGAACGGGAGGGCGAUCCGAUGGCCGCGAUGCUCAGGCGCAAAAAGGACCGCAAUACGAAGUUACAGGGUGCUAAAGAGAAGCCACGGUAUAAAGGCCCAGCACCGCCUCCAAACCGCUUCAACAUUUUACCAGGAUAUCGCUGGGAUGGGGUUGACAGGUCCAAUGGUUUUGAACAGAAGCGGUACACCAGGAUGGCAGAUAAAAAGGCAGUACAGGAAGAAGCCUACAAAUGGAGUGUGGAGGAUAUGUAAUGGCAACUGGAAACAGCUGAUCGAGACUAGAGGUGAAAGACCAAGAAUGUGACAUGAAAGGCACCGAAAUCUUGCUGAGAGAAAAACUACAGACCAGACACGAGGUUACCGUCUGUGUUAUGAAAUGUGAAUAGUUAAAAAUGAUUUGGUUAAUCUCAGCAGGGCUGCACAUGUUACUGUAGCAGCCUGACAGACUGAAAAAUGACCAACAUAACAUCUGUACAUAAAUUGACAGCAUCCUCACACUUUUGUAAUGGUUGAUUCAGUGUGGAGCCAACACUGACGUUUGUGGUUUUCACUGUUUUAUUAAAUCAUGUUUUUGUAAAUACUUGAA